AGGCUGACAGCGCCUUGGCCCCCGGGUUCAAGGGCUCCCACUUCGGCUGGGCUGAGGCCCGCGAUCUCCGCCCCUGCCUGGGCCACGGCCUGCCCCCUCUCCCCCGAGUCGGCUCGCGUGCCCGCCCCGCUCCCUCCCUCCUCUAGCUUCUCCGCCACUUCUUCCUUUGCCUUCCACCCCGAAGGACCAUGUCGAGGUUCAGCUGGGGAUACGGCGAGCACAACGGUCCUGUUCAUUGGAAUGAAUUUUUUCCUAUUGCUGAUGGGGAUCAACAAUCUCCGAUUGAGAUUAAAACCAAAGAAGUGAAAUAUGACUCUUCCCUCAGACCUCUUAGUAUCAAGUAUGACCCAAGCUCAGCUAAAAUCAUCAGUAAUAGUGGCCACUCCUUCAGCGUUGACUUUGAUGACACAGAGGACAAAUCAGUGCUGCGUGGGGGUCCCCUCACUGGAAGCUACAGGUUACGACAGUUUCACCUUCACUGGGGGUCUGCUGAUGAUCACGGCUCAGAACAUGUGGUGGAUGGAGUAAAAUAUGCCGCAGAGCUCCAUGUUGUUCAUUGGAAUUCAGACAAAUACCCCAGCUUUGUUGAGGCAGCUCAUGAACCAGAUGGACUGGCUGUCUUGGGGGUAUUUUUACAGAUUGGUGAGCAUAAUUCUCAACUGCAAAAGAUUACUGAUAUUUUGGAUUCCAUUAAAGAAAAGGGCAAACAAACUCGGUUCACGAAUUUUGAUCCAUUAUCUCUGCUUCCUCCAUCCUGGGAUUAUUGGACAUAUCCUGGUUCCCUUACAGUCCCACCUCUUCUCGAGAGUGUCACCUGGAUCAUUUUAAAACAACCUAUAAACAUCAGCUCUCAGCAGUUGGCCACAUUCCGUACCCUCUUGUGUACAAAGGAGGGUGAAGUAGCAGCCUUUUUGUUGAGCAACCACCGUCCUCUACAGCCUCUGAAGGGCCGGAAAGUGAGAGCCUCUUUCCAUUAAAAGCUGUCACCAGUAGAGCGCUCCAAACAUGUCUGCGGAGAGAGAGCAAAGCAACGCAAACACAAAAAGCCCUACUAACAGUUCUUUUCUAGAAUUCUACUUUAUGGGUGCCAUGUUGCUAUCAGCUUCAGCCCACACACACAAAAAAUAAGAUCUUUUUAAUCAAAUGAAUUUAAAUCAUCUGUUUCAGAUUCGCACUCUCAAGUGUUCAAGCAGGAAACAUUUUUGGAUCUGUAUUGAAACCCACGAAAUACAUCUGCUUCAUCAAGCGUAACAACAGGGCGGGCAUCACAUACCCCAAAUUGUAUUUAAAAUCUUCUCUUGGCAUAGAGAUGGAUCAGUCAUGUCUCAGUGAUAUUUGAUAAAAACCUUAAGUUCAUUCCCAGAA